AUGGUUGCUAUGAACUUGCUCCCGAUCGUCCUUGCUACCCUUGCGGUGGCCCCUACAGCCUUCGCUUCGCCUCUUGAAGCAACUGCUCUCGAGGCCAGGGGUAGGACGCACAAUGGAAAGGAAACAACUGAUAGACCUGUCGUCUUUCCUUACCCAUUGAACACAGGAAAGAAGUUCAAAGAGACGCCAAGGACAACAAAGACCUGUUUUGUCGAUGCCCUUGGAAAUGGACUUGAUGAUGGUCCCAACAUUCUCGCUGCGGCAAAGAAGUGCAACAAUGGCGGCAAAAUCGCCUUACUCGACGACCUUUAUAUGAUCCGAACGCCUCUGGACCUGCAGUUAAACAAGGUCGAUAUCGAGCUUCAGGGGACUUUGAAGUUUGUUGACGAUAUCCCGUUCUGGGAGAAGAAUAGCUUCAAGUACGAGUUUCAGAACUCGUCCUCGUUUAUCCAGAUCGGUGGAAAGGAUGUCAAUAUCUACGGAGGAGGCACUAUUGACGGUAACUCCCAGAAGUGGAUUGAUGCACAUGCGGCGAACAGUUGGACGUGGAGACCAAUCUUGGUGACUUUCUUCGAUCUCGACAAUGCCUACAUCAGUAAUAUCAAUUUCCGCUACAGCGCCAACUGGUACAUCCUUGUUCAUACCUGCAAGAACAUGAUAUUCGACAACGUCAGCAUUGCCGGCGGCACCACCAGUAAAAACGAACCAAAGAACACCGAUGGUUGGGAUACUUAUCGAUCCGACAAUAUUGUCAUCCAACACUCAAAGAUUGACAACCAUGACGACUGUGUUUCAUUCAAGCCAAAUUCGACAAACAUUCUCGUCCAAAGUCUUGAUUGCAACGGGUCUCAUGGUAUUUCCGUUGGAUCUUUAGGUCAAUAUCCAAAGUAUUACGAUAUUGUUGAAAAUAUCUAUGUUUUCAAUACUACCAUGACGAACGCGACUAGUGCUGGCAGAAUCAAGGUCUGGUCGGGUGAAUAUGCGAAGCCCCCCUCGUGGGUUGAGGGUGGCGGUGGCGGUCAUGGUCGUGUCUUCAACGUCACCUGGGACGCCAUCCGCCUCAAGAACAUUGACUACGCUAUCGAAAUUACGCAAUGCUACGGCCAAAGCAACUUGACUAGAUGCUCCGAAGUCCCAGCCACCUUGAAAAUCAGCAACGUUCUGUUCCGCGGUCUAUACGGAACCGCAAGCAAGAAGUACGACCCUCGAGUGGGAAGCUUAGUCUGUGGCGGGCCUGAAAAUUGCAACAAUAUUUACGCAAGAGAUAUCAAUAUUCAGCCCCCAAGCGCGAAGAGUCCUACUUUCACUUGUAGAAAUAUGGACCAAUCGCUUCUUGAUAUUCCAUGCGCUUGA